UUGAAACUCGCAUCAAUUAGUCAAGAGUCGCCGGAUACAAAGUAUUUUAAAUUCAGACUACCAGAUCAUUCAAUCACAGGAGUUCAACCUGGGAAGGCAGUUUUAGCUUUUGUCAACGACAAUGAAAGUGGAAAGCUAAAAGUCAGACCAUAUUCACUAUUGUACAUUCCAGAUGAGAAAGAGUUUUUACAUCUGGCUGUGAAAUUGUUGAAUGGGGAUGGUACAAGUGGAGCAUUUCAUAGAUUGAAAGUUGGGGAUGAAGUUACAUUUAGAGGUCCAUUACCUAUCCAUACAAUUGAUUACCAAAAAUUAUCUAAAAAUGUCAAUUUCAUUGCUGGUGGCUCUGGUAUCACCCCUGUGUUUUCCACCAUUCAAAAUAUCUUGCUGAACCAUGACCAGAACGUUUCCUUAAUAUAUGCCAAUAAGGACCAGAACGAUAUCCCAUUGAAGAGUAAAAUUGAUCAAUUGAAGAGAAAAUAUGGUGACAGGUUUCAAUUGAUUUACGUUGUUGACAAACAACACAACUUUGAGAACUUUGUUUCCCAAGGGAGAAUCAACCCAUCACUUUUGAAACAACAUUUGUACUCAAAGGAUGCUCAACUGUUUGUAUGUGGUCCUGAUGGAUUAACCAAAGCUAUU